AUGUUUCGUAAGGUGCCCGGCGCCCUGACGAGCAGCAUGGUGGACGAUGCCUUCUACAUCCUCAAGAAGUGCGGCGCGCGGGCCCUGGCCACGGGCAGCGUGCAGUGCGUGGCGGCGCUGGUGGGGGAGCUCAACGACAGCUUGGCCAACACAUACAGGGCCGCGCUGCAGAGCCGCCUGGCCGGCGGGCCCGCGCGUCUGGUGGCUGCGGCGCCACAGGCGCCUGGCGGGCCGCCUGCGGCGCUCGACGCGGCGGCCGCGGCCGCCGCAACGGAGCACGCCGUCGCGAUCAACAACGCUGACGUCAGCGCUGACUACGCGGCGAAGCUGCGCCACGAGCUGGAGGGCAUGGCUGAGAGGGUGUUCCCGGGAGUGGGCGAGAGGGAGCGCGUGCGGUCCGUGCUGUCUGACCUGACGAAGACGGGCGGCGACUUCCGCUCCCUGGCCACGCGGGCGCUGGAGGCGCUCAGCGACGCGCUGCUGCCGCGGCUGAGGGCCGCGCUGGACCAAGUCGGGGCGGCCAGCUACCUCCUGGGCGACGAUGACUACCUGCAGGCCGAGGCCGAGGACGGCUGGGUGGGGCGGCUGCUGGCUGCCCUGGACGGCCAGCUGAGGUGGCUGCAGCCGCGGCUGACCCCUGGGGCAUGGGAGGGUCUGUUCCACUCGCUGCUGGACAAGCUGCUGGCACGCCUGGAGGUCCUCUUGAGCCGCAAGCAGUUCAGCCAGCUGGGGGGCCUCCAGCUGGACCGGGACGUGCGGGCCCUGGUGGCGGCCACGGGGGAGAUGACAUCACGCACAGUCAGGGACAAGUUCGCGCGGCUCACGCAGGCGGGUCCUAUGCGUUUGGCUGGGGAGGCAGUCAGGAUCGGUGGUGGUGGCGCAGGCGGGGGUCGGCUGCCGCACCACAACACGCAUGUUAUGGCCACCGUCCUGAGCCUGGAGUCAGUCCAGGAAUUCCUGGACUACUGGGGGGACGACGCCGGCCACAUCACCUGGCGCCUCACGCCCGCCGAGGUGCGCGCGGUGCUGGCGCAGCGCCAGGACUUUGCGCGCGACGUCAUCGCGGCGCUGCCCCUCUGA